AAUCUGGUAAAAAGAAGUUAGAAACAAUGGCGGUUGAUCACCGGAACGCCGGCGGCAUGAAAGGCACCUCGGCCGCCUUCGACUGCAACAAAUGCCUGGACGCCGCCUGUGAUCCGGUGGUCACAUUUUGCGGCCACCUGUACUGCUGGCCUUGCCUCUACAAGAGGUCCCGGGCCCACUCGGACGGCCCUCUCCGCUGCCCCGUGUGCAAGGCCGAGCUGCCCGGCACGUCCGUCGUCCCGCUCUACGGCGGCAGCGGCGAGGCGCCGACCAAAGCCAGGCCGGUUUCCUCUUUAAGGGUCCCCCGAGGCCACCCGCGUGCCCCACUCCCCAACAACGCCUGCACCCUUGCCCGCAGGCCCGCCAUCGUGUUGACUUUUGGGAACACAUAAUGGCGGGCCCAGCGGGCAGGAUCUUCGGGAAAAUAGUUUUCUUCUGGUGCCUCUUUGUGGGUCUCUUGUUGAUUUAGUAAAAGAAAAAAUUACAUCUAAUGUUGUCUAUACUAGACUCGUACCCGUGCGUUGCACGGCUAGAAAAUGAAGUUACAAAUUUAUG